AUGUCGAGCCGUUCGUGUUCUCCCUCCACAAGCACUGUGCGGUAUCAUUUGAAUGAGCCUGACAACGACUCGCCGCCCUUCGCUGUCCCUCAUCCUGAAUAUUACCUCGAGGACGGGAAUCUGGUCAUACAGGUCGAGAACACCUUGUUCAGGGUCUUCCGAUCGACGUUCACCAGACAUUCCGCGUUCUUCAAGGACUUGUUCAGUCUUCCUGGACCCGUUGGGACGGCAGAGGGCCUUGAUGACGACAACCCACUCCAGUUCUCGGGAAUCUCUGCCAUUGACUUCGAGAGACUCCUAUGGGUGUUGUAUCCUCCGUGUUACGGAGCGCAUCGCGCACGAACUCGCGACGAGUGGACAUCGAUCUUGUGUCUCGCGACCCGCUGGGACUUCAACGACAUCCGCACCUUGGCCAUCCGUGAGGUCCAGUCUCUGGAUAUGAGUCCAGUCGACAAGAUCAUCCUCGCGCAAGAGUUCGACAUUGGCGGUCGUUGGCUCCUCGGGGCUUAUACCGCCCUAUGCGAGCGAGCCGAACCGCUUUCGGUAUGCGAGGGAGCGCGGCUUGGCCUUGAGACCGCGAUGCGCGUUGCGCAGCUUCGGGAGCGACUGCAUUCCAGCUGUCGCAAGUCUUCGCGAAUGGGCGGCUACCACACGUUGACCCGCAGUGCUGCGAUGCGACAUGACUCCAUUGCUGCGCAUAUGACUGUCAUAGUGAAGCCGCCGCGCAUGGAGAGAUCACAGUGGGGAAUCGAGAAGAGUCUCCUGCGCAGCGGUGACAUUGCGCCUCCCACGCGUGAGUCGACGCAGAAGCUCGGUACCAAGAAGGGUGCUACUGCAAUUCCUGGGCCGGCUCGUCUCAUUGCGGAGACCUUUGGUAUCGAUUUGACUCGGUGA